AGUGGAUGAGAGAAUGAUUCUGCCACGUGCGACGCUACUUUGGCAUCAUUCCAAACGUGUCCCAAAUUUUUUUUUUUUCGAAUGGCUGUGGCCGUGGCGCUCCUCUUCUUCUUCCUCCUCCUCCUCCUUCACCUUCACCAUUUGUUUAUUUAUUCUUUAAUUCUUUUUUUUUUUUCCUCUCUUGUUGUUUAGAUCAAUCCCAUAUUCAUAUUAUCCCCAUUCUUCAUUUGAUCAAAAUAUUGCCUUACCUAAUCAACCAGAGAGGAAAAAUGAAUCAUUCUUUUGACAAUUCCCGUUUUUCAGGUACUCUUUUUUUUUUGGUUAAGCUUUGGUUUUAAUUUAUUUCCGAAAGAAAAAAAAUUGAAAUUACUAAACCUGAAUUAGAUUUUUUUAAUUGAAUAUGGAAACUGUUAUAUCUGGAAGCUUGUCUGGGUUUUAUUUCAGCUGUUUUGUUGACGAAUUUAGUUGAGUUGUAGAUUCUGCUUAGUUGGAUUCGAUUUAGGUUUCCACUUACUUUUUAUUUAUUUAUCUUCUUUUCUCUUUUUUUUUUUGGUUUCGUGGUGUUUGAGAAUUUCAGAGAUUUUAUAAUUUCUGGUACUCUUUUUGAGUUACCUGAUGGAGAAUCAUUCUGUUGUUGGUGUUAAAAGUAGUGGACUUAUAUAUUAGUUUCCACUUUUGGUAGAGUUUUCGGCAUUGUUGAAAUACAUGGUGUGAGCUGAAAACCUUCCCAUGUGUAAUAAAAUAAUUAUUGAUCAUCAACAGCAGCAUAAGAGUCAAACUGUGUAUUUGAUGAAUUCACCUUCAUUAAGUCCGGUGUCUGCCUUGCCUUCCUCCAUCCCUGGUUCCAGUGAUGAAAUCCCGCGUGUAAAAUUCUUAUGUAGCUUCUUAGGUAGCAUUUUGCCUCGACCCCAAGAUGGGAAAUUGAGGUAUGUUGGUGGAGAAACGCGAAUUGUGAGUGUACCGAGAGAUAUUAGUUAUGUGGAGUUGAUGAGUAAGAUGAGGGAGCUUUAUGAUGGAGCAGCAGUGUUGAAAUAUCAGCAGCCAGAUGAGGAUCUUGAUGCUUUAGUGUCAGUUGUGAAUGAUGAUGAUAUGGUUAACAUGAUGGAAGAGUAUGAGAAGUUGGCUUCGAGUGAUGGGUUCACUAGGCUUAGGAUUUUCUUGUUUUCGCAUCCUGACCAAGAUGGUUCAUCAUAUUAUGUUGAUGGGAAUGAGAGGAGGUAUGUGGAUGCUUUGAAAAGUUUAAAUGAGGGUUCUGAUUUUAGGAAAUGUGAUUCACCUGCGACGUCUACAGUUUCUGAUGAUAUUCAUUUAGCAGAACAAUUCUUUAAUGGUAUGAGUAUUGACGAGAGUUGGGUUCAUAUCCAGAGGAGCGGUGUGAUACCAACACCAUCUUUUAACUUGCAUAGUCAUACUAUUCCUCAUAUGGGUUCUGGGCAGUGGAGUCCUGUGUGCUAUUCUCCUAGUCACCAUGGAUACCUUACUCCCAGAACACUAUCGGGGUUUCCACCUUCACCAUCUUCUGCUCACUAUAGAAUGCAAGAAGAAUAUGUUCGGCAGCGAUUAAAUCGUCAUCCCCAAUAUGAACAUCAGCCUCAUUUUCCAGAUAAUGUAGCAUGGAUGCCAAAUGGAGCUAUGUCUGGUGAUAAGGUUUGUGGUUUUCCUGGUAACAUCCUUCAUAGUCUAGGUGUGCAUGAAGGAAACCACAACUAUGAGCACUGCAGGGCUACUUUUUGCAGAAACCAGUCACCACAUUUGGAGCACCACAACAUGGGAAAUGCUGUUCCUCAGAUUAAUAGUUCAUGCGCUGCCGCUGAGUGCCUCCCAAACCAAGAAGCAUUCAUGAUGCAUGCAGAUGGAAAAUUGCAUCUUGAAUUUUAUUCCAAAGACCAAACUGAUCCCUCUUCUACUCACGGUGAAACACAUGGUCAUGAAAGAGGAUGCAUUCUGCAGCACCAACUGAAUCCUUGUGUUGAGGAAGCGAGAAAUCAUGUAUAUGGAUUUGGAAGAUUGAAUGACCACAAUGUUCUAGAUGGUGCUGGCAUGAAUUCACCUCUUGAGCAUGCUGGUUUAGCUGAUGGCCAUCUUAUGCUUUCAAAUUAUGUUCAUCAGCGAGCUGGAGCUGAGUUGGGGAAUGAAGUAUUUCGUGAUCAAACCAUGGUUGCUUCAGCCCACUUGCACAUUCCUCCUGAAGAACGUGGGCCCUGUUAUGGGAAUUAUCCUUAUCCACAUGGAGGAGAUAAUGCUUACCAAGCCUCACAAGGACAUGUACAUGCGCAGUCUUUGCAGAGAAAUUUUCAGAAUCAUACUCAUGGUGCUCCAGCUUAUGAAGCAUAUGGUUUACCUCAGCAAAUAAAUUCUCCAGUUAACUUUGCAUUUUUGAAGGAUCCAGCAGAAGGUAGUGCAAUGCAUUUUGUUGCAACAGAUGGUCAAAACCCUUGGGUUGAGUCUCCUCAAAAGGUACUGAGUUCUGAUGGGACUGCUGUUCCAGACAUUGCUUAUGCCCAUGUUCUCAAGGUGGAUGUUGGUCCUCAUUGUCAGGAAACUCAAAACACUGUCACUAUGAAACCAGUCGUAGCCCCUCAAGACAUGCUAAAAUUUGCCACUGCCACAGAACCUGUUCAGUUGCCAGAUCAAGCUUCAACUUUAAUCCAUGAUACAUCUAUUUCCAGAAGCAAUCUGGAAUCGUAUGAUUCUAGUGUCAUUGGAGUGUGGGGGAUUGAGGACAAAAUUGUUCCCUUGGAAGAUGAAGCAAAUCAUGUGGCAAAGAUGGAAAAAUCUGAUGUUCCUAGCACGUGCAGUCCAGAGCAAAACAAAAUUCCUGAAGACGAAUCUAAAAUAGCACCUGAUGAGUCUAGCAUUCCAAUUUGCUUAAAGCUUGCUGAAAAGGGUGAUGACCAGGCAAAACAUGGUGAAAAGGAUCCUAGUGCUGCUGAAAAUUCAAAGCUAUCUGUAAACCGUUUGAGUUUCAUACCGGAGUUUGUUGCUUCAGUUACAAAAGUAGCUUUGGAAGAGGGUGAAGAAGUGAAAGCCAAAGUUGAAGGCGUUGCCCCCAUCAAGCAUGAUGCAAUUGAAAAAGAAGCAGCUGCCGAUGAAUCAAAAUCAAUGAAUCCCCAUGGCGAGUUGGAAUGGGAUUCUGAUAAUGACAACAUAACCCUUGCAAAAAUUGAGCCAACAAAGGCUGAGGAAGAAGCUUUUGCAAGAGGGUUACAGACAAUAAAAAAUGAUGAUCUGGAGGAGAUCCGAGAAUUGGGCUCUGGAACAUAUGGGGCAGUUUAUCAGGGCAAAUGGAAAGGUUCUGUUGUAGCAAUCAAGAGAAUCAAAGCUAGCUGCUUUGCAGGGAGGCCUGCAGAAAGAGAACGUAUGAUUGCAGAUUUCUGGAAAGAAGCUUUGAUAUUGAGUUCAUUACAUCAUCCAAAUGUUGUUUCUUUCUAUGGUAUAGUUCGUGAUAGUCCUGACGGAUUCUUAGCUACUGUUGCUGAAUUCAUGGUUAAUGGAUCCUUGAAGCAGUUUUUACAGAAGAAGGACAGGACUAUUGAUCGUCAUAAGAGACUCAUCAUAGCUAUGGAUGUUGCAUUUGGGAUGGAAUACUUGCAUGGGAAGAACAUUGUACAUUUUGAUUUGAAAUGUGAAAAUUUGUUGGUAAAUAUGAGAGAUCUGCAGCGUCCAGUGUGCAAGAUUGGUGAUUUGGGCUUAUCGAAGGUCAGGCAGCAUACAUUCGUUUCAGGAGGUGUUUGUGGAACUCUACCAUGGAUGGCACCUGAGCUUUUGAGUGGUAAAAGUGACAUGGUAUCUGAAAAGAUUGAUGUGUACUCCUUUGGCAUCGUUAUGUGGGAGUUACUCACUGGUGAAGAACCUUAUGCAGAUAUUCAUUGUGCUUCUAUAAUUGGAGGAAUUGUGAACAACACCUUACGUCCAAAAAUACCAUCAUGGUGCGAUCCUGAAUGGAAGGCUUUAAUGGAAAAGUGUUGGGCCUCUGAUCCUACAGACAGACCUUCCUUUUCAGAAAUAUCUCAGAAGCUAAGAAACAUGGCUGCUGCGAUAAAUAUAGAAUAAAAACCAAUGCCGAAGCGACGAUUUCACUUUCUCACAUCUGGUGUAGUACUGCCAUAAGUUCUUUAAGGAGUAUUAAGUUAUACAUUUUGGUAUUGCAUAAUACACAAAGAAGAGCCGUGAAAGUUCUUGAGAAGACCAUUGCUAUUCCGAUUACGAUCUAGACGGUGGUACUACGGGUAAAUGCAUCUUAUCAUUUGAGGUUUCACCGAAGAAAAACAGAACAAUGUUCUUUGUUGGGGGGGUCUACCUGCUCUACUAUGAAAAAUAACUAAAACAUUACAUGGAAUAUUGAUUAGGAUCCAUUACCAGAAUUAAUCCUGUUUUGUUUGAUAUCUGUAUGGUCUGGAUGCCCCACUUCCACUGACCAAGAUUAUUGUUAUAUUCAAACAUUUGUUUGACUUUAUUCCACAGCUACGAGUUCUUUUUCAUAUAUAUAUAAAAUAUGCAUGAAAUUAACGUGGCA